AUGGACACCACCAUGUCACUCGGGCGUUCGGACGCUCAGCACUAUCAUGGUGGGCCGCUCACACGCGAGAACCUAGCAAGGCUGCCCAACCACGGCGGCGCCACUCUUCCUGGCCGGCUGCGAUCCCAGACUCUGUCACCAAUAGACUCACCACUGAACUUUCAGCGAGGCGCUGUGCUAGGCUCAGCGCUGGGUCGUGUCAACACCAUGGACAGCUGCAGAGCGUCUAUCUUGACGGACAGCACCGAGUUCAGCACCUCGAGCACCAUCAACCGAGGAUACGCUGCCCGCAUCGAUGUCAACGGCAAAGUGAAGCCGCUCUCCUCAACGCCGGACAGGCAUGCUUGCCAGACCAUCGCUUUCCUCGAAGGACCCUCCGACUCGGUCGACUACAAGACCUAUCGUCCCGGCGACGAGAUCAAGGGCGCUGUACACCUUCUCCGCAAUGACCCCGAGCGCGGCUACAUCACUGGCAUCAAGGCUCGCAUCCGAGGAGAUCUCGAGACUAGUGUCUUCGGGGUCGGCGACUCGAGCUACUACUCGAUGGACAACGAACACGGCAUCGCUCGUCGCCAGAUGCUCUUCUUCUCCGAGCAAAAGACCAUCGCCACCAAAGCGGAUCUCGAAGCCGGCGCCUUUGGGCUCGAACAGACCGGUCUCGUUGACCAUGGACGCCGCAACAACCUCGCUGUGCCCUUCAGCUUUGUGCUGCCGUUGAAACUCCACGCUUCUGCGCUUGACAUGCUGGACAGCAAGCUGAAGAAGUCUUUCAAGCGAGGCAAGCAGUACAUCGAUCUUCCGCCUUCGGUCGACAUGGAGACUCGCUACGCUCCACCAAAACAGAGCCAGCGCUUCGGCCAAGUCCGAGACAGGCUUCACGGUCAAAAGCUGCGUCCAAUGGCCCGGAUCAAGUACGAGAUUGACAUCAUCGUCAGCAGGCAGCGAUUCGGAUCGAUUCUGCUCCCGCACAAGCGCGGUGAACGCAUCAUUCUCGCUUUCGCUGUCGAGCCUUAUCCUCCACGCACGGCGGGCCUGGCCGUGCCGACGCUCGAGCCCAUUAGAGCUCGCCGCACCACAUCUCGAAGCGAUCGCGCCAUCUCGAACGACAGAUCCGCUGCAUCGGACACCGUUUCGAUCAACUCGAGCGAGACGCCGGAGGAAGAGUCGGUCGACGAUGACUCCUGGGCUUCCGAUCUCGGAGGCUUCCGCCGCACGCAGGAGAUCUUCGGCGCUCUGCCCUUCGAGGCUCCCCCCGCAUUUGGUCCUAGCUCGCUUGCCCGCUCGGUCUCAGCGAGGCCUGGGCUUCCCGGUACUCGACGCAAGAGCUACAUCAACGUCAAGGAGGGUGUCGACGGCCGUAUGAAAGGCUGGCUCACGCACUCAGUCGAAAGCACUCUCCCCGGAGGGGGAGGCUCGUUCGAAGCGAUUCUGUCGGUUCCGGCAAUGGCCGCGCUGUACAUGGAGACCAAGAUCCCCUUCAGCCUGGAACUGCGCAUGCCCCAGCACCUCGUUGGCUCUUACGUUCCCGACGUCCAGCUUGGCCUUGUUCGAUCCGUCAUGACCUACUCGCGCCUCGGUACCCUCGUCAUCGAAAAAGAGGACCCCGACAACCUCGCUGGCUUCAGCGGCCCGCACUCGUGGUCCGAACGCAUCCGUAUUGUCAACAUGGACCGCCAGGCCGAUACGCAUCUGCCGCCCUUCUACGAGCAAGGCCAAGCACGGCAGAUCUACACGGGCAACUUUGCCAUUGGACGAUACGAGAAGAUGAUCAAGGCGGGCUCGUCGUCGCCGCUGAAGCAGAAGCUGAUUCAGGAGCCCGAGCUACGUCUGGUCGUGCCUAGCUUUUCGUUCAAGGCGCUGAGGAUCGAAUACAGGUUGCGAGUCAAGAUCUCGCUUCCUGAGGCGGGAACGUCGACGACGGCUGCAGCGGGUGUGAACAGUGUGGUGAUGGAGACGCCGCCCGUACAUGUCGCUGCCAACCCGGACACGGUUGACUUCACCAGGCAGGAUGCGGCGGAGCAGUUGGAUGACGAUUCGCUCUCGACUGUGGACGUGCUUGAUGAGGACGAAGAGCGCUUGAUCGAAGCAUCGGCUUCGAGAAUGCGUCGUCCAGUCACACCUCCCUCUCUGGCAGCUCAUCACUCUGCAGACGAUGACGAAGAAGACUUCUCCGCUCAAGCCACGCCUCUAGCACGAACGCCCCUCCGCCGCUCCCUCGACAUGACCGCCCUCACCAGCCUCGCUACCCCUUCUGCAGCCGAAAGCGAGACCCUGAUCUCCUCCGCAGCCUCGAUCAUUAGCGAGUCGAGCUCCUCCGCGAUGGAAGUCCCCUCGCUCGACCCCAUCCCGGACGAAGCCGAUGUGGACGAAGAGGACGAGCUGACGGAACAGCUAGCACUCGGUCUCAUCGAUCGUGAGCACGCUGCAGCCGUCGUCGCCGCCCGCGCUCGCGGUCGCGCCGCUACCAUCACCAGCAUCCAGCCUCCCACGCAGGCUCUGCCCAGCUACUCAGAUAGCAUCGGCAUCCUCGGCUAG